AUGGCUCCUAAGAUGAACAACUCCACGACGAGUUCACGGUUAGUGACAGAGAUGGUGAAGGGUUCACAUGAGUUCAAGAUAAAGGGAUAUUCUUUGGUGAAGGGAAUUGGAGUAGGAAAAUUCAUUGAAAGUGAAACGUUCAAUGUCGGAGGAUAUGGGUGGGCUAUACACUUCUACCCCGACGGCAAGGAGCCCCAAGUCAAUGCUGUUUACAUCUCCGUUUUCGUUGCACUUGUUUCCAAUGAUAAAGAUGUCCCCGCGAAGUUCGAAAUCGCCAUGCAUGACCAAAGAGGGAUAGCGAAGGACUUUGUCCUUGGUCACUUUGAUGGCUCCCUUAUGAAAACCCUUCACACUAUAUCAGUGGGCGAACUGUGGGGCUUUACGCGUUUUUACAAACGCUUUCAUCUUGAACACUCGAUGUACCUCAACGAUGACUGCCUACAAUUAAAUUGCACUGUUGGGGUUUUCCCGACGACCAUAGAUCGUUCCAUGGCAAUACAGGUUCCUGAGUCUACCAUUGGGGCACAUUUCGGGAUGCUGUUUGAAGAUGACGAAUCAUCUGAUGUUACUUUCUGCGUUGAAGGAGACAAGUUUCGUGCACAUAAGAUUGUGCUGGCGGCUCGAUCAACUGUGUUUAAAACUCAGUUUUUCAGUGGAAUGGACAAGUUUGAUGGAGAGAUACUUGUUACUGACAUGAAGCCUAAGGUUUUCAAGGCUUUGCUUCACUUUAUUUAUAACGACACUCUUGAACAAGCUGAAGAGUUCUAUUUGUCACAGUCAUCAUUCAUGUCUUCUUUAUCAGAAUUGUUUAUAGUGAAGUUGCUAGCUGCUGCACACCAGUAUGAUUUGCCAAGGCUAAAGCUGAUUUGCGAAUCUGUACUUUGCAAGCACAUAUCUAUAGAUUCUGUGGCUCACAUUAUGGCUCUUUCCGAACGAUAUGUUGCUUCCGAAUUGAAGUCCAUUUGUCUGCAAUUUGCUACAGAAAACCUUGAUGCUGUGAUGAAAUCUGAUGGUUUCAAGCACCUUAAGGAAACGUGUCCAGUUCUUCAAUUUGAACUGCUAAAGAGUGUAGCAGCAAUAGUUGAGCGUGCCAAACCUUCUGGUAGUGUUGACACUGAUGAAACACCUAUGCCAAAUGAAAUAGAUGCUGAAACCUCAAGUUAUAAUCCGUCCAGUGACGAGGAAGACGAUAUCCCAGAUUAG